AUUAAUUGGAGCAGUUUUGGGGUUUGUGGUUUCUUCCGGAAUCAACCAACGUGAGCUCCUUCUGUUUCCGUUUCAGGGAGAAGAGCGGUGGUGUGAUUUCAAGGGACUUUCUUUACCGGACAAAAUGCAGGACCCGAACGAAGACACCGAGUGGAAUGAUAUCCUGAGGAAGAAAGGCAUCCUUCCUCCAAAAGAGACUCCUAAAGAUGACGAAGAGGAGGAAGUCGCCCUUCAGCAGCAGCAGUCUGUUGUGAAAACCUACGAGAGCAUGACGCUGGAAGAACUGGAGGAGAAUGAGGACGAGUUCGGUGAAGACGACGAGGCCGCCAUUGAGAUGUACAAACAGAAACGUCUGGCCGAGUGGAAGGCAGCCCAGAUGAAGAACGUGUUCGGAGAGUUGGGUGAAAUCUCCGGGCAGGAUUACGUGAAGGAGGUCAACAAGGCUGGAGAGGGGAUCUGGGUGGUGCUGCACCUCUACAAGCAGGGCAUCCCUCUGUGCACCCUCAUCAACCAGCACCUGAGCGGCCUGGCCAGGAAAUUCCCUCAGACCAAGUUCCUCCGAUCCAUCUCCACCACCUGCAUCCCCAACUACCCCGACCGCAACCUGCCCACCAUCUUUGUUUACUUCGAGGGAGAGAUGAAGGCCCAGUUCAUCGGCCCGCUCGUUUUCGGAGGCAUGAACCUCAAGGUCGAAGAGCUGGAGUGGCGGUUAUCGGAAACCGGCGCAGUGAAGACCGACCUGGAAGAAAACCCCAGGAAACAAAUCGAAGACACGCUGAUGUCGUCGAUCAGAAGUUCGCUUCCGACGCGGAAGGACAGCGGCUCUGAGGACGAGGACGAUUAAAGAAACACCAAAACAAAAAACACUCCCAACCGAGGAAAACGCCUUUGGAGACAGAACAUUAAAGAACCGAGCAGGACCUCCUUUAUCAUAUAUAAUCUUCUUUUUUUAUUUCUACAGAGCUCAGUCCUGCUUAAAGGCACAUAGGCAGGCCACUCUGCUGGAACAACACACCUUUGUUUUGUUUUUUUUGUAACCUUACACAACCAUUGGACAUAAAUUUUAACUGUGUUUUUUAUUAUUACAUGGUAAUUAUGUCACAAAAUGUACAUAUACAUUUCAUCCUCUUUUAAUUAGACGUUCCCUCUUUUUGCCACAUUUAGUUUCCAAAGUUCUCUUUUGAAAUAAAAAAAAGUCACUGCUGA